AAUGAAAAAAACAGUCACUAAUGAUGCCAAUUUUGUCUGCUAUUGGCUGUUUUUUUCUGUAUGGCUGUAGUGUGCAGGAGGCAGGGGCGCAGGCAUAGCAGAGUGCAGGCGAUCUGGUGCAGGGCAAGGGGAUCUGGUGCAAAGCGCAAGAGCUGGUGCAGAGCAAAGCUAGUGCAGGAAGCAAGGCCGGGCGCAGCAGAGUGCAGGCUGGGGCAGAGUGCAGGCUCGGGGCACGCAAGCAGUAGGGGAUCUGCAGCAGGGGGUAGGGUGCAGUGCAGCAGGGCACAGGCUCCAGUGCAGCAGGGCGCAGGCUUGGGUGGAGCAAGGCACAGGCUUGGGUGCAGUAGGGCGGGGGCUCAGCAAGGCGGACUUGUAAAUUCAUUUUGAUGAACUUCACCCCUCCACCUUUUGAUUUCUUCAAUCGAGUCCCUUGUCUUGAUUUCCUUUUCCGUUUCUUCUUGAAUUUCGCUUUACACGUAACCCCUGAAACAAAAUAAAGAUAUAUUAGUCAA